UAAAACGUGAAAUAGUUACAAUAGAAAUGGGAUUUUUCACGUUUUAAAAUAAUUCCGUUCACUAAAGUGGAUUUCAAGAUAUUGAUUUACCUUGGAUUAAUACCAACUCUGUGAAUCACUUCUAUCGGAAUAUACGACUGGUUGUUUAAAUGUCUUGAAAAUGGCAAAUCAAGGUCAACCACAAGAGGGAGCUAAUGCUGUGAACAUUCGAGACGCACAUAUCAAUGAACUGCAUGCAGCCAAUGUGAAUCGGCUUCAUGCUCAGGCAGACAUAGUUCAAGUGGGUGACAUUCAGCAAGCUCAUGCAGAUUUCAUCCAUGCAGACAAUGUUCAGAACCUUCAUUUACACUAUGACAAUAAUGCGCCACCUCCACCAGCUGCACUACAACCUCAAUUACAACAUGAUGCAGCAUCUCCCAGGACUAUGCAAGAGGAAAUGCCGUCCACUUCAUGUGAAACUACAAGAGCUCAAACAAUGGAGGGAUUCACUGAUGCCAAACUUGCUUCGAAUGAUUUUCCAUGUCCAGUCUAUGAAGUGGUGCCUACACCAUCAGGAAUCCGUACAAAAAAAGGAAAUGUUAAAAAGGCAAAAAGGAAACGAAGAAAGCAUGCAAAAAAAUUUAUCAAUUAUUUCAACAAGAGAACCCUGGAGCAAACAAAAGUGAAAAUCACAGAAGAUUACAAAGAACUAAACCUAAACGAACCAGACUUUGAAGUAAAUCCCCAACUUAGAGAAGUGCCACUUUUCUACAGAGGAGGAAUGGCCCCCAAGACUAGGCAAUAUAAUAUCGAGACUGGAUUCACUGUUAAAGCAAAUGAAGAAAAAGUUGGAAAACCUAUUUCUCAGAAUGAACUCAUAGAACAAUUAGGCAACAAAAAAUACAGGUAUAUUGCCAUAUUGGGACAGGCAGGGGGCGGGAAAUCAACAAGUAUGAAACGCCUCGCACGAACACUUCAUAUCAUAAACAAAUUAGGAGAAGAAGCCCAAGCCGAUGAAGCAUUGCAGCUGGAACAUCGCUUUGAAUUUAUUCAUCACUUGAACAUCAAAGAUAUCCCCGUUUUGAAAGGAACUACACGAGAUGAAGCCAUCAGUCCAUGUGAACUUCUUUUUGGAAAAGAAGCUUCAGGACUAUCACCACAAGAAUUGGAAGAAGGCUAUGAACGGCUGCAACAAAAUCAAUCAAAGUCAAUUCUUUUUCUUGACGGACUUGAUCAAGCAACUUGGAGUCUUCUCGGAAAACACAACAAGAUGAAAUAUAAUGAUAAAUCUAGCACAGCAACUGUCAUGUACAAUAUCAUAACAGGCAAUCUCUUUCCUGACAUGACGAUCGUGAUUUCAUCGCGCGAGUUCAGAGUGGCAUCACUCCCAUCAGAAUUGAGGCCGCAAUUCAUAACUGCCCUCGCUGGUCUGGCUCAAAAUGAUAUCGAGCGUUUGUUCAUUGCAAUUAUAGGAGACAGCGGUGAAAAAGCUUGGGAGAAAUUAACAGUGCAGUCACCCGCACUUAUCCCGUUAUCAUCUGUUCCUCUUUUCCUAAUAUUCAAUGCAAUCGUUUGCAAGGACAACCCAGAUAAUCCACCAGAUACUAUGACUGCGGUAAUGCUACAAAUCCUCCACAUCUUCAUGCGAUCAGAUCAUGCCCAUAAAAAUGAACAUAUUGAAGAAAUACUCCAGAAACUGAUGCAAAUGUCAUUCGAAGGCACAAAAGAAAAGCGAGUCAUUUUCACAAUCAAGGAUCUCGAAAAAGUAAAGCUUAGUCCUCUUGAGGUUCGGGACUUUGUCAUCAAGGUACCUGGGAAAAAUAUGUUCAAUCAGCAUCUCAUGGAAGGAGACCAUCUAAUGUUCUUCAGCCAUCAAAUCCUUCAAGAAGUAUUGUCCGCUCUCUAUAUUUCAAGCAUGGAUUCUACUACGUUUCGCACCUUUAUCGAAACUGAGAUUCGAGACGAUCAUUGGGCAGUUGUUCGUCGUUUUCUAAGUGGAAUCAUUCUGAAUCCUGAUAUUGAAAGCAGUCUCAUAACAAAUUUUUCUUCUGGUAAUAUUUCUUCUAAGUAA